CCAAUUUGUGAAAACUGCUUUACAACAACAACACCCCUAUGGCGUAAAACGAGUGAUAACCGACUGCUGUGUAAUGCUUGUGGCUUAUUUUUCAAAUUGCAUGGUGUCAUCAGACCACCAACUGUCAAUCAACAAUUCAAGGGGAACAACAACUCCAAUUUUAAUGGCAAUGGCAAUUCC